AUAUAUUAGUAGAAGUAGAAGUGAAGGAUGGUGUGUGGAGUGUGGACCCUCACCCAAGUCCAACCCAUCCAAUGAAACCUGUAUGGUGUUGUCUGUAUUCCUUGGUAAGGUGCAGACAGAUUUGGUAAGCCAUUCUCUUGGCUGGCUUUCACUAGAAACCAAUCUAUCCCUCGUUUUCACUCUCUCUCACGUGGGUCUGCAUGCUCCUAACAAAACCCCUCUCCUCUUAGUAGUACUACUCUUUGGUCUCCACCCAUUAAUACCACCAUCCCCUUAUUCACUUAUUUCUAACAUCACACACCCAGUCUCUGCCUUUUUAUUUUUUAUUUUGCUCAAAAUAUAAAUUCCAAUUCCAAUUGUCUUACCGGAGAAUGGGAGACGGCACCACCGUGGCCCACCUGCCGGAGGAGAUCCUGCACAAGGUGUUCGCGGCGGUCUCCGACACGCGCACGCGGAACUCGCUCUCCCUUGUGUGCCACAGCUUCUUCCGCCUGGAGCGCAAGACGCGGACAUCGCUCACGCUCCGCGGCAACGCGCGUGACCUGCACCUCAUCCCGGCCUCCUUCACGCACGUCACGCACCUCGACCUCUCCUUCCUCUCGCCGUGGGGUCACGCGCUCUUCUGCUCCUCCGCCGCCGCCGCUGUCGACCCCCGCCUCCUCGCCCUCCGCCUCCGCGACGCCUUCCCGCGCGUCACCUCGCUCGCCGUCUACGCGCGCGACCCCGCCACGCUCCACCUCCUCCUCCUCUCCCCCUGGCCGGACCUCCGCCGCGUCAAGCUCGUCCGCUGGCACCAGCGCCCGCCGACAUCGCUGCCGGGAUCCGACUUCGCCGCGCUCUUCUCUCACUGCCCCUCCCUCGCCUCGCUCGACCUCUCGUCUUUCUACCACUGGCCGGAGGACCUCCCGCCGGUGCUUGCCGCCAACCCUGCCUCCGCCGCCUCGCUCCGCCGCCUCAACCUCUUAACAACUUCCUUCACGGAGGGAUUCAAGUCUCACGAAAUCGAAUCCAUCAGUGCCUCGUGCCCUAAUUUGGAGCACUUUCUCGUGGCCUGCACCUUCGAUCCGAGAUAUAUAGGGUUCGUUGGGGAUGACACUCUGUUGGCUAUCCCUUCCAAUUGCCCUAAGCUCUCUUUGCUUCACCUCGCCGAUACGUCGUCGUUUUCGAACCGGAGAGAGGACGAGGGUUUUGGCGGAGAAGACGCUAGGGUUAGCCGCGCCACGCUUGUGGCGUUGUUCUCCGGGCUUCCUCUUUUGGAAGAGCUGGUUUUAGAUGUUUGUAAAAAUGUCAGGGAGAGUAGCUUUGCCUUGGAGGUUUUGAGUUCCAAGUGCCCUAAUUUGAGGGUUCUGAAGUUGGGUCAGUUUCAAGGGAUUUGCUUGGCCCUUGACUCUCGCCUUGACGGAAUUGCCCUCUGCCACGGGCUUCAAUCCUUGUCUGUUGCUAACUGCGCGGACCUUGAUGACAUGGGGUUGAUUGAGAUUGCUAGAGGGUGUUGCAUGUUGGUUAGAUUUGAACUUCAGGGUUGCAAGCUUGUCACGGAGAAAGGGCUCAAGACCAUGGCUUGUUUGCUUGGCAGGACUCUGGUUGAUGUCAAGGUUUCUUGUUGUGUAAACCUCGACACCGCCGCGACUCUCAGGGCUUUGGAGCCGAUUCGGGACCGGAUUGAGCGGCUCCAUGUGGAUUGUGUGUGGAAUGGGUUGAAGGAAAGUGACAGCCUAGGACAAGGGUUUCUUAAUUUUGAUCUGAAUAGAUUGGAUGAGCUGGGUGAUGGUGGUGAGUUUAUGGAUUACUUUGGGGGUGGAGAAUUUGAGAACACAGGCAAAAGGAAGAGGCAGAGAUGCAACAAUGAACUGGGGGUUCAUGAUUCCUUUCUGGAGAGCAAUGGCAAUGGUUUCUAUGGCAAGAGCUGGGACAAGCUGCAGUAUCUUUCACUUUGGAUAAAAGUUGGUGAUCUUUUGACUCCAUUGCCAGUGGCAGGGUUGGAGGAUUGUCCAAGUUUGGAAGAGAUUCGCAUCAAGGUGGAAGGAGAUUGCAGGGGGCAGCAGAAGCCAGCAGAGCGCGAAUUUGGUCUGAGCAUUCUGGCUUGUUAUCCUCAGCUGUUGAAGAUGCAGCUGGAUUGUGGUGAUACUAAAGGUUAUGUUCUCACAGCACCAUCGGGGCAAAUGGACUUGAGCCUGUGGGAGAGGUUCUUUCUGAAUGGCAUUGGCAGUUUGAGUCUGAAUGAGCUUCAUUACUGGCCGCCGCAAGAUGAGGAUGUGAACCAGAGGAGUUUGUCUCUUCCAGCUGCUGGCUUGCUACAGGAAUGUUACACUUUGAGGAAGCUCUUCAUUCACGGGACAACUCAUGAGCAUUUCAUGAAUUUUUUCCUCAAGAUACCAAACCUAAGGGAUGUACAGCUGAGAGAGGAUUAUUAUCCUGCGCCUGAGAACGACAUGAGUACAGAGAUGAGGGUAGGUUCGUGCAGCCGCUUUGAAGAUGCACUGAAUAGGCGUCGAAUCUGUGAUUGACUUGUAACGUUAGUCAGACCCUGACUAUGGAAAUUGCUUGGAUGUAGAAAGUUACGUUUUGGAGUUUCUUUUGAUUAUUAACAUCAUGCCUGUCUUUAGUUUAUUCUGUUUCUUUCCCUAUUUAUAUACUGUAACAACGAGACUCUUGUGCAAUGUUUUUUAGUCAAGAAUAAAUCAUUCUAUACAGAUUAGAAGAAUA